GGGCAGUGAGAGUUGUCGGCCCUGACUAUGGCUGCCCGUGCAGUCGCCACACACUUGCAUGACCCGUGUCUUUGUCAACGAUGUUACUCUAAAUAAUGGAUAAACCACAACAAUCAGAUGCAUCAUUUGCUCAGACAACUGAUAUUCCGAGUUAUGUCCUAGAUGAUUUGUGCAGCCGAUUUAUUAUCAACCUGCCUGACGAAGAGCAACAAGAUUUUAUACGUAUUUUCUUUGCCAUUGAACAAGCGCACUGGUUCUAUUUGGACUUUUACUGUUCAGAACGACCAGAGCUAAAAAAUUGUGGAAUCAAAGAAUUUUCUCUGCAAAUAUUAAGGCACAUUCCAGCCCUGAAGAUUUAUGCUGCGGAGCAUGAGAAGUACCUUGAAGAAUGGCGUGCAUACAAGAUGGCUGUCCCCACCUAUGGUGCUAUUCUUCUGACUCCAGAUUUUAAACAUUGCCUGCUUGCUCAGGGUUUCUUUACAAAGUCUAGCUGGGGCUUUCCAAAGGGCAAAGUCAAUGAAGCUGAAUCUCCUGUUGAAUGUGCGAUUCGUGAGGUAUUUGAAGAGACGGGCUUGGAUGUUAAAUCACUCAUCAAAGCAGACCAGUAUGUUGAAACUCGUAUGAAUGACCAGCUGAUUCGACUGUUUAUCAUCCCUGGUGUUGCCCAUGAUACAAGGUUUCAGCCACAAACACGAAAAGAGAUUCGGGAACUGAAGUGGUUCCCAGUCGAUGCUCUUCCUAUCCAUAAGCGGGAUACUACAGCUAAAAUACAGCUGAACAUGGGAGCCAACAGUUUCUUCAUGGUCAUACCAUUUAUUAAAGGUCUUCGUCGAUGGAUCAGUAAAGCAUCAGGCCAGCACCAUCCAGACAAAGCCGGAUCCGAUAGUAAAAGCAGGGGAACCAAGGGGGAAGAAGGACAUGAUGGAAAACAGAAACGUCAACAGAACAGGCCUGGCCCACAGGGCGACGCACCCACAGCUAGAGAACUGCCAAGUGGUAAACAGAAUCAAACAGCCAGAAGUGCACCAGAAAAACUCAAGAAGCCUGAGCAAUCACAACAAAAACAGUUUCAGAUACUGGUGCGUGGGGCAAGUGUAAAGAAGAGCCAAGAAGAAGAUUCCAAGACAGGAACCAUCCAACCCUCUGACCAAAAUCUGAACACCUCCUGUCUUGGAACACUUUUUGUCCAGUCUUCCUUUGCUUGUGAUGAGUGGACAUUUUCCCAUUAUUUUUGCAGUGUUAUUUUCAAACUGUAAAGUGUGAUUUGUUUUUAUUGGUGUAGCCGGAGAGACCAUUCUUCUGGUCUCCUAUGUUCGUUAAGUCAACAGUACUUGUGUGUAACCAAAAAGAAGUGAGCAUUGUCACCUUAUCCAAAAAGUAAAUUCUUGAGGAUGGAGUCUUUUCUAGGGAAUUAUAAAAUUUGGUAAUACUUAAGAAGCUUAUGAAAAUUAGUACAAAUUAAGUUGCGAUAUAGCAAUGGGUUAUGGCUGCAAAGAAACAGAUUUUCCUAACGUAGUUGUGUAAUGGACUAGGGCAAUGUCCUCGACUGAUUUGAAAUACUUAAAGACAAUCUUUAUUAUCUGUACCAGGACAAAUUUUUCUUUUGCUCGCAAAAAUAAGUUAUAAAUGUAAACAUAAGAUAUAUAUAUAUAUAACAUACCCAUAUAAUGACAUUUAACACGUGCACACCUAUACCCACUCACACUUACAUGUAAACUUCAUCCAAUGCAUGAACACCUCUCAUUUCUAGACUUGGUCCUAUCAAGGAUCAAUGAAGCACUGUCAAUCUUCAAAUAUAUGAGUGGUGAUAAAAGUGAAAAAUGAUCAAAUUGGAAAAAUGAUUCCUAUCCUUGUGACAGAUUAGUCAGUGGUGGUAAGGGAGAUAAUAAAAAGUGUGACAUCUGUAUUGGACAGUCACACAGUUGUCUCACUGCAGGCCCAUCAAAUCACGAUGCUACUAAACAAACAUCAUCUGGAAAAUUAUGACAGGCUUCAACAGUACAGCCAUCAGGAGAGAGUUUUUGGCAUUUCUUAAGAUGAGAGUUUCUUUUAACCUGAAGAUGAAAACCCUGAUCAGUCAACAGGUCUAGGCGAGAAUUUAUGAGUAUCUUAAUGUAAGAGUACAUGUACCAGGAGCCUAUGUGGACACAUGACAAUGCUACAAUUUUGCUAACCAUUCCCUUCGGUUUCCCACCUUAGGCUCUCUUGUCUUGGUUUUGUAUGUCAGUUGAGCUCGGCUGGGUUUGUGCAGAUCAGAAAUAAUCUUUCAUGAUGAUGUUGAUAGCACUGUAGAAUAAGCUCUUUUCAACACAAACCUGCCAGUAAAAUGUAUGGACAAUGCCACUAUCAUUUCUGUCCUGCCCCUAUGCCUAUCCAUCUUAGAUUGAGUGGUCAGUUGAAAUCAUGUUACAUUUGUGUAGACUAAAGACUUUGGUUUUGUUUCUUAAGAUGAUGAUUUUUUUUUGUUUUUGCACUCUACCUACUACUAUCACAUAAUUUGUAUAAAUGAAGUCCCUAAGGCCCUUUAGAGUUUGCAAAUUUAUUUUAAAAAAGUUAUCAUCACAAACAUCAUGUCAUUCACUGGCCUCUUAUGACUAUCAUGCUUAAAAUAAAUGUUUGUAACUUCCUAGGGAAGUCCAAGACAAAAUAUGACAAGACUGGCAAUGGAGGCAAACUGCGUUUGGAUGAAUUCCAUUCUAAGGCUCUUCUAAACUUCAAGUUUGAUGUGGAAAGUGUCAUGGGUUGCCUGCAGUGGUGAAAAUAAACACAACAUGUAAAAACGUACUGAAUCAAACUUCAAAAUGGUCAUACUGCCAUGUGGAUGCAUGUUGCUAGACAAGCAGCAUGUGACUCAGUGUGUGCAAUGAUACAAACAUUAACAAAUAUGCACGUUAUAGCAAACCAGUCAUGUACAGAAAAAAAUGAUGCCUUCUUAUUAAGUAGUUUGAAAACUUUACAAUGGAUCUCGAUAGGUAAAAAUUAUUUGAGAAAGAAUGUAUGUCAUGGAGGAAAUUUUGGAGUUCUUGAAUAUUUAGUAAAUCUUGAACAAGUUUAGUAGUAUAUUCCUUGCUACACCUCGAGGAGCAUAGGGCCGCUACACAUGUAGAGAGUAUUUUGGCAGUGCCAGCAACAUAUGACUACCUGAGGUCAAUGUUUGCAAAGAUGCAGUCAAACACAGCCUAUUUUGUAAAAUUAGACUAAGCUUUUCAUCAAACAGCACAGUUUGUGAUAGUACAUUAAAAAUUCUCAGUCAAAGUUGCAAGGGUUAAUAUGCUUACAGGACUUCAAGAAUGCUUGUGACCAGCGCAUGUAACUCUGCAUGUAGGUUAUGGUGUGGAGGGUUGCAUCUGUAUGUGCCAUCUUCCGUUGCAAUUAUGUUGACAAAAUUACUGUAUAGUUUUCUUUCUUAAGUGCAAGUGAUGUUUUGGUGUGAAAUGUGGACCUGUGCACUUUACUAAAUAUACUUGUUAUUGGAAUUACA